AUGUCGAAGGAAUUCGAUACCAACUUGCUCGGCGUCACACGACCGCCCCCGGAAAGCUGCGAUGAAAGAGGAAAACGGCUGAAAUUGGAAGAGGAAUCAGAAUCGGAAUCUGAGUCUGAAUCGGAACAGGAGUUGGAAUCGGAUUCGGAACAGAAAGGAUUCCCUUAUUGGGAUUACACAACGAAACCAUAUGAAGAUCUGGUGUAUGAAGACUUCUCAAGCCGGUUUGACAAUAACCCUAUUCCUUUUCGUUUUAGAUGUUCCCGCUUUUACUAUAGGAAUAAGGCGCAGAUUAAGAAAGACGAUGAAGAGGCUAAGGCAGUGGCUGAGUAUUUACGAGACUCUGCUAACAUAAGUCCCUUCGAUGCUAUCCCUGUUCCACCCUUAGCAAAUGUAUCUGCCAAUAACUUUCCCAAACCCAUUACUACCAUGAACGAUGAUGCUCGCACCUGUCUCACAGAACUCUCCAAGCUUUCUUUGAAAACGUACAAUAAUGACCAGGGUUCAGAUUACCAGUUUCAUAACCUUGUCAAAGCAUGCCGAUGUCACACUCCUUUUAUUACUUAUUACAUUACCUUUGAAGCAAAAGAUGCUGCCACACAUGUUGAUCCUUUCAACAGCCCUAUUAUAACUUUCCAGGCCCAGGUUAAUCAAUUUUUCUUAGAAAUCUAA